AUGGCUACUCCAGACCAUUGUCUCUAUUGUUUCGAAGUUUUAACUGCUCAUCUCGAAAAACGUCCAUCGUUAUCCUUGGAAAAAGUUCAAGAAUUAUGGACAAUCUAUCCUAAAGGUCUCGAAUUAACCAGUUCAGAGGAAGAAGAUGAAGAAGAAAUGAAUCCUCAAACUCUUGAUUCAACUUCACAAAUUCAAUCAAGAAGAGAUCCAAGACCAGAUCCAAAUGCAAAUACAAAUUUAGCUCGUCAUCCUAUACUUCAACGUAUCACACGAUCUACUUCAGGAACCAGUACUCCAUCUUCUAGUUCCUCAUCUGAACGAACUUCUACUUCAAAUUCAACAUCUGCCACUACUCCUUCUAGCUCAACUACAUCUUUCACUCCUAUCGGUAUCGCCCCAUCUCCCCGUCAAACAACACAACUUCCUUCUUCCUCUCCUCGCAAUGUCCGGGAUUGGUCAUCCCCUCUCUUCGUAACCUGGAACACCCUAUCUACAUCCUCACACCCUCAUCAAAACUCCCCCACCCUUCGUGGAUGCAUCGGAACCUUCUCCUCCGAACCUCUCGUCACCUCUCUCCCAGAAUACGCCUUAACAUCCGCAUUACACGAUACACGAUUCUCCCCUAUCUCCCGAUCCGAGCUUCCCACGCUCGAAGUAGCAGUAACAUUACUCACCGAUUUCGAAACCUGUGCUCACCCACUCGAUUGGGAGAUUGGAGUUCACGGUAUUCGUAUCACAUUUUAUCAUAAGAAUAAACGAUAUGGAGCAUGUUAUUUACCAGAUGUAGCUGUAGAGCAAGAAUGGGGUAAGGAAGAAACGGUUGUGAGUGCGAUGAGGAAGGCAGGGUGGGGAGGUAGAAGGGAGAAAUGGAGAGAGGUGGGUCAGUUAACUGUGGUUAGGUAUCAAGGGAGAAAGGAAAGUGUUAGUUGGAAGGAAUAUAAUGAGUGGAGGAAUUGGGUGAAGAUGUUGGAUGAGAAGAAGGGUGAUAAUUAGGUAUUUUUAGUGGUUCUGUGAUGAUGCUGGAGAUGAUGGUAUAUGAAGCAUAUGAUGUUGUCAUGAACAAUAAUACAGUACAGUACAGAAUACAGAAGUACAGGAAGGAAAGAAAGGAAUAUCAUAUCAUACCAUCUCCUCACAACCUCACAAACCAAAGGAAAUAAAUAUAGCAGUAACAGCCAAGUCAAGCACAGUAUGAAGAAGACCAGCAGGGCAGGGACAUACGGUAUCUUAUAAUAUCUUACAAUAUAAUAUGAAUGGAUGAAAUAAUCCAUACCUACCUACCAGAACAUGAAGACUAAACAAACAAACA